AUGGAACCUAUAUGCGAACAUUCUAGGAUAUUUUUUCUAAAAAUAACAAAACUCAGAAUCCCAGGAUUCGUUUUUCAGGUCACCGGCUAUUCUAUGGGAGCAUCCUUGGCUCUAAUCACUUCUGCCUACAUUGCUCAAACCGGAAUGAGCAAUCCCCAAAACAUGAAAGUGGUCCUGUUAGGAUGCCCAAGAUGUACAGACUAUGACUUUGCAAUGUGGCACAGUAUAAAUUUUCCCUACUCCUACCAUAUCAUCCACGCACAUGAUUAUGCUCCAAGAGUCCCAUUUUUUGAUAACAUUGAUAACAUUUCGCUUUAUCACCCGAGAACUGAAAUUUGGUACAACAACGAAAUGCGGGAAGGCGACUCUUUCGUCAUUUGCGAGCAAACCGAUCAACCAUUCUGCAGCAGCAAAAUACAAAAUCUUUCGACUCCAGACCACAUGCACUACUUUAACAUUGAUAUUGUAAGAUGGUCACUUAGUGGAUGUCCAAAGAAUCGAGAAGACUUCAAACCGAUAUUUGGAACACAUCAAAGAAUUCAUAUUGAGGAUUAUGAAUUUGAAAACAGUAGCCCAGUUUCUUAUCUAUUAGCCAGUGUUGUAAUUGUAGUUGUUGUCAAUUAUUUGUGA